CAUUUCAUCGGAGAUGGGUGGCUCUCCUCUCUUUUUAUAAAUACCCUUCUCUUUCAUGAUCUCUACCAUCUAUUCAAUACUCUCUCUCCUCUUCACUGAAACAUUUCUUCUUCCUCUUCACUGAAAUUCUAUCACUUCUUCUUUGAAACCCUAACCCUAAUUUAGCAGUAGUCAUGGCGGGUACAGGUGUUUUUGCUGAGAUUUUGGAUGGAGAUGUGUAUAAAUAUUAUGCAGAAGGGGAGUGGAAAAAGUCGAGUUCUGGUAAAACUGUUUCAAUUAUUAAUCCCACUACUAGGAAGCCUCAGUAUAAAGUUCAAGCUUGUACACAGGAGGAGGUAAACAAGGUAAUGGACACAGCAAAGGGUGCUCAAAAAUCAUGGGCUAAAACUCCUCUUUGGAAAAGGGCAGAGCUUCUUCAUAGAGCUGCCGCCAUUUUAAAAGAGCACAAAGCUCCCAUUGCUGAAUGUCUCGUCAAAGAAAUCGCCAAACCUGCAAAAGACUCUGUUACAGAGGUUGUGAGAUCAGGUGAUCUGAUUUCUUAUUGUGCGGAAGAUGGAGUGAGAAUACUUGGAGAAGGGAAGUUCCUGGUUUCUGAUAGCUUUCCUGGUAAUGAGAGAAACAAGUACUGCCUUUCUUCUAAGGUUCCUUUGGGUGUUGUUCUUGCAAUUCCACCCUUUAACUAUCCUGUUAACUUGGCUGUAUCUAAAGUUGCUCCUGCUCUGAUUGCUGGAAAUGCAAUUGUACUUAAGCCACCAACACAGGGUGCUGUGGCUGCUCUACACAUGGUACAUUGCUUCCAUCUUGCUGGGUUCCCUAAAGGCCUCAUUAACUGUGUCACGGGUAAAGGAUCCGAGAUAGGAGAUUUCCUCACCAUGCACCCUGGCGUUAAUUGUAUAAGUUUCACUGGUGGUGAUACUGGAAUUGCAAUUUCGAAGAAGGCUGGAAUGAUCCCUCUUCAGAUGGAAUUGGGGGGGAAAGACGCCUGCAUUGUGCUGGCAGAUGCGGAUUUGGACUUGGCUGCUGCCAACAUCGUCAAGGGAGGUUUCUCGUACAGUGGCCAGAGAUGCACUGCGGUUAAGGUGGUUCUAGUGAUGGAGUCUGUAGCAGACACUCUGGUGGGGAAGGUGAACGCCAAGGUGAGCAAACUCACAGUGGGUCCACCAGAAGAAGACUGUGACAUAACGUCAGUGGUCUCGGAGUCAUCUGCAAACUUCAUAGAGGGGUUAGUAAUGGACGCAAAGGAAAAAGGGGCCACAUUUUGCCAAGAAUACAAGAGAGAGGGCAACUUGAUAUGGCCAUUGCUCUUGGAUCAUGUUCGCCCCGACAUGAGGAUAGCAUGGGAGGAGCCAUUUGGACCAGUGUUGCCAGUCAUAAGGAUCACCUCUGUGGAGGAAGGCAUCCACCACUGCAAUGCGAGCAAUUUUGGCCUUCAGGGUUCUGUAUUCACAAAAGACAUCAACAAGGCAAUGUUGAUAAGCGAUGCAAUGGAAACAGGGACGGUUCAGAUCAACUCUGCUCCUGCACGUGGGCCCGACCACUUCCCUUUUCAGGUAACCCUUCCCAUAUGCUCCCUUCUUUUUUUUCCUACAAGCACAAAAAGGAUGAUUUGUCCUAGGUCUGAAUUGGAAGUUUAG